AUGAUCAUCGCCAGGACGGUCGAUCAGCAGUGCACUCACCCAGUACCGCGACCAGUUCGACGCUUGGGAACAGCUCCCCAAUCCGCCCGUCUCGGUCAUCAGAGCGCCUCCUCAUUGGCCAGGGCCUCGUUCAAACUUAACGCCACUCAGUUCCACGCUCUCUCCGGUGACUUCAACAAGCUCAGCUCGUUCAUCACUCAGAAUCAUCUCAAUCAACACCAUCCAACUACUACAGGGGAUGAAAUCGUCCAAGUGGAGGACGGAAUGAGUUGUGGGAUGGCUGAGAUCUCAGAGCUACAUGACUGGGUGGAUGGACUAUUGACGCCAGCGCUAGCGGAGGUGAAGUUCAGCUACCGAACGACGAACGAGCUAGUGAGCAAGAUCCUGGAUGUGCAUUUGUAUCUGUGCGACUCGCUUGCGAAGGCGGCCUCGAUCCUGUCAAUCUAUCGUUCGGUCCUGGGCCAUCGACUCGCUUCAAGCCAGCCUGCUCGACCAUCUCAAGCCGAGCAACCCGGUCUUCCCCUUCCCACAGACCGCUGCCUGGGCUGCCGCCGCUAG